AUGGCCGGUUUGGUGAGAGUGAACGGACAGACCUACGAGUUUAUGGGUCACCCGACUCAGGACGACAUCGGCACCAAAUUGCAGGCCAAACAGGUAUCCCUUAAGGUGACUCCCACUCAGUCUAUGUUCACGUUCAAUACCGGCCCCAUCGCACUGGCAGUCAAUUUCUUCACACCCAUCGACCCGACAGAUCUCAAGCGACUGUCACUCCCGGCCUCUUAUAUAUCGGUGAGCGCCUGGUCUCUGGAUUCGGACACUCAUGAGGUUGAGGUAUAUCUCGAUAUAUCUGCCGAAUGGACUUCCGGUGAUUCCAAUGAAGAGGUGGUUUGGGAAGUGAUUGAAGUCAUAGGAAAUAAUACUAUACUUAACGCCGAUAUGAGACUCAAGAAUCAGAAAACCUUUGAGGAAACAGACCAAUUUGAGGCCCAAUGGGGAACAGUCAAGUUCUUCACCGAUACCACAGUCACACAUGAGAUCAAUGCCUGUCCAACAAUGCGCUCACAUUUUGUAAAGAAUGGUAAACUCGACAAUACUAUUGACCAGAAGUUCCGCAAAAUCAACGACAACUGGCCGGGUGUCGGAUACGCCCGCACUAUGACUGCCAGUCCACUGAAAGAUAAGGCGCCCAGUGUUGCCUACUAUGGUGUGGCACACGUCAGACGACCCGCUAUUGAAUACACGGACUCCCAGUUGAAUCAACUCUGGGAAGACUAUUUCAAUGGCGAUGACAAUAAAAUGGUGCAAUUUGUCUACGAGGACAUGGAGGACGCCCUUAAACGUGCCAAUGAUCUCGACGACCGGGUGGUCGCCGACGCUAAGAGGGUUGGAGGGGACAGUUACGUCAAAAUAGUGUCAGCCGCGCUCAGACAGGCUUACGGCGCUAUUGAACUGAUGGGCACAGUAUCCAAGCCAUGGAUGAUGUUGAAGGAGAUCUCAUCCAAUGGCAACUGUCAGACAGUGGAUGUGAUUUACCCUCACUUUCCCGUUCAGUUAUAUCUGAACCCAACUCUAUUGCGACUCCUUAUGGAGCCAUUGCUCGACAAUCAGGAGAGAGGGUUCUUCCCCAAGAAAUAUAGUAUCCAUGAUUUGGGGACUCAUUAUCCCCGUUGUAUUGGACACAAAGACGGCGUACAGGACAAUGUGGAAUGGGAUGAUAGUAGCGGUGGUGAGACUGACGAGUCCACAGACAAUGACUACAACUUUAGUGGUUCCGGUGAUGGAGAGCCCCUGGAUGACGAUGAUGGCUGUCCACAGACUAACAAUUUUAUAGAUAGGAUACGACUUAUGCACGAAGAGUACCGAAAAGAGUCUCAAAAUAAUACUAAACAUAAGAAGUUUGACAUCGAGUCCAAUACACAACAUGUGUUGAACAGACUCUUUGGUUUGGAUCAGAGAAACAAAUUGAAACUCUUGGAGACCCUCUCGGAGGUAGACCUGGGGCUGUCCCCCGAGUGUACUCAGGCUUAUGUUCGCAUUGGACAGGGGUUUAACCGCAUGGAGCUCUGGGCGCUGAGAUUUAAUAAUUAA